UUCGGUGAAAUUACCUAUGUGCGGCCCAGAAAUACAGGUUCAAUGUCCAUUUCCCUGGUAGUAUUCAGAUUUGAAGUUCCCGACGAUUUGCCUUUACCGCAGGGCUUGGACUAUUGUGGUUAGUAUUUUUAUUAGUUUUACCCUUUUCUUGUUUCUGUUUAUUUACAUUCAUUUCUAACCGGCACUCGGACCACGGAGAUCCCCGACUUCAUUUCCAUUUUUUGAGUUAUGUUAUUACAUGCAAGAUGAGGUUAAUUUUCGUUGGCUUUACGACAUGACUCUGGCACUACAAGGCCAUAAAAUUAAUAUUUUGAUGUUAAAAACCAUAUAUAGUUGAUAUAUUGACAUAACAUCAGUGUCUGCACGUAUCUUGACUAAAAUAGCAGAAUGGGGGGCUUUGUGACCAUGUAUUGAUCAGCAUAUCUGUAGUCUACCUGAAAAGUAUAAAGAGUUUCCUGCCCCCUCCACAGUCUUUUCCAAGGCUUAGUGGGGAGCAUGGAACGAGCAAGAAGUGUGAGUGAUGCUGGAGACAAGAGAGAAGUGCAAGAGGGGUAUGAUGGAAACGAGCGCAGAGCGCUUCCUGCUUUCCUCAAUAAUUAACUCAAAUAUCUCCAAAAAGUGAUCGUGAGUGACUGGGAAUGAGCCACAGGAGAUGCCCUGUUUUUCGAUCUCAUUUUUGUUCAAGAGUUUCCUACACCCCCUUCCCCUCCCCCCCAACACAGCUACAUGUAGCUGUUUUCCCAACCUGUGCCCUCUCUCAGUGGGGGCAGGUACAGCUAGCUACAUGUGUUCUACCCUUAAUCCCUAUCUCAAAAACUGCUUAGACUAUACUACCAAAUAUUCCUGAGGCAGGUUAUUUUGUAUGAGUAUAAUGCUAGAUAUCUUUCUUUACAUGACUACAAAUCCCUUCAGAGUGAAAUUUCAAAUUCAAAACAAUCCAGCUUCACCCCAUCAGGAUACCUACUCCCCUGGAACCAUGGCCACCAUGAGAUAUUUAGAUUAAUGGGGUGCAUCAGUUGAGAUGACUGAUGUGGCUCUAAAUCUUAAAGGAAGGCGUCACAUUGGGAUGCAGGACUAGUACAACAUCACAGUAGUUUUUUGGCACGAGAUAUUUCAUAAUACCAUGUGUCUAGUACCUAGGAUAUAGUAGUUUUACGGUAGACAGGAAUACCACGACUGUAAUAAGGGUUACAGACGGAUUCUAGUUUAGUCUCAUUCUCUCUUGGCAUCGCAGUAGCAACAUUCACUUUUAUUGCACUAGCAAUGAAACUGCCCACCUACCCCUCCCUUAAGCCAACAUUAACACUUACUUCUCAUUUAGGGCAAAAUGUUGACUUAGGGGAGGGGUAGGUGGGCAGUUUCCCUAAAACCUAAAUUGAUCCAGAUAUUUGCUAAUAGGCAUAGGGUAGUGACCUAACUAGUCCUUUUUAUAUUUUGUGAAUAUUAUAUGCUAAAAAAAAAAAAUGUUUAAUAAUUUUCUCGGACCAAAAACAGAGGUAGGGCAAGGGUUAUUUGCCAGAUUUCAUUUCAAAUGUUGAGGUAGCUCUAAAUGUAAGACGAAGUUAUAGAUAAAAAGCUUAUAUUAAACACUACGUAUAUUAAAGUGAAGUUAUGAUAUUUUUGGUUUCCUAAUCAUUGGUAUUUUAGCCCCAGGGUUUAAAAGCACUAGUCAAGAAAUGUCUGAAUCAGAUUCAGCAAAAGGUAAAGGAGAGAAUGGAGAACGAGAGGAAAAGGAUUCAGUGUCCUGUGAAGAAAAGAUGAAAGUCCACAGGGGAGAAAGAUAUCUGCAUGACAUUCAACUUGAAACGAUGGUUAGAAGUAGUAUUGGUGAGAAUGAGAAUAACUCUUGGUACAGCUAACAGCCCAUUGUGCCUCUUAAAGGAAAUAAUAAUAAAUUAUAGUCUAAAACUCAACCUUGAUUUAUUGCCAAUGACUUUAAAUCUGAUGAAUCACAGCUGAAUUUUAAACUCUUAUUUCCUUUGAAAAAUAACAAAUAUACCUAGAUUUUUUAAAAAUGGAUAAACCACAACAAAAGUUUGUCCAGCCUUUUCUAGAUAUUAAAAUGUUUUAUCCUGGCAAAAUUUUUUUGAUUGUGCUUCAUGCUUUGACAAUAUUUGAGAAAGUAUACUUUCUUGCACGCUUAUUGUACUAUAUUUUAGAAUAAUUUCCUUUACUUUUAAUAUAUUAAAACAUUAAAAUAUUCAUAAUGAAUCAUACAACAUACAGUGUGAAUACAUUUAUUUUGAUAAAAUCUUUCUUAAAAUGUAUAAUCUUUUCAAGACAAUUCUAUGGAGGAAGGUGUUAAAGAUGCACUUGAUAAAGAUGAGAGGGCAAAUACAACCAGUGAUUUUCAAGGAAAGAUAGCAUUCUUCUGCGGAAAUCCAAUGGUUGAAAUAAUCAAGGGCAUUAUUCACAUCUAUAAAAACAAGUAAGUUGAGAUGCAGCUACACUUCACUCAAGAGUAUGAGAAUAAUAAUUAUUAUUGUCACUCUCUCAGAACCACUUAACUGCUGAGGAUCGCUGAUUUCAAUGUUUACACAAACAAAAGGUCUCUUAUGGGUACCACUGAGUUUUUUGCUUACAUUUUUUUCGAAAACAGAGUAAAAACAAAAUAAGUUCAAAUGCUAAAAUUCAGCAAUUUUUGAGCAUUUUUAUUUUUGAACCACUUACGAUAGUUUUGCACAAAAGCAUUCAAUUAAUGACCAGGAUUGAUCAAUUCGCUUUGAAAAUUCAAAAGGCAAAAAAAUAUCCCUGGUGUGAAACGUGGAACCCCAAAAGAUCCACUGAAUCAAGAAUGACCCCCCUCUUAUCCUAUUUUCUAUCACAACCUUACAAGUGCCAUUAAUGAGUGCAGAUAUUAUACCAAUUUACCAGGAAACUUUGAAUUCAUUUUGCCUCCCAAAAUCCCAAAUUGUUCAUUUCAAUCCCAAAUUUAAAAUUUCCUUUAGUACUCUUGUUACUUUAAAUCUGGAGUAGUCUUCCUUUUGGGACUUCCCCCCAUUGCUGCUCUCGCUCGAUGAAAGGGACAUAUGUAUGCAUCCUUAUUCCAGGUGUGGAAAGCAAAUUUUGGGAGGGUUUGAUAGUUGAAAGAGGCCCUGCCAGGGUAAAUUCCGACAAGCAACAUGGCCCAAAAAGUAGCGAAAGCGCGUAAAAUGAAAUCGCGACAAGAGACAACCUCCCUCGGCCAAAUUGCGACAGUGACAGCAAAGGCGACAAUAAGUGACAAGGGUUUACAAGCACUGACACAAGACGUUUUAAAAUUCAGACGGGCGACAUGGGACCCCCCCCACCCCUGGCAGGGCCUCUUGAAACCUUUUGCUUUUUUUAAAAAGAUUUUUCUUUUUAAUUCUUCAUCUUCAGUGAGAUGACAUCCUUAGCUAAAGGUGUUCAGCGGAGUGAGAUGAUUUGCAUGUUAGCUGUACCAGCUAAGAUGACUUGUAUUGAUCUUAUGUGCUUUGUGGCUCCUUCUGAGUAAGUUUGUGUUAUCUUUUGAUGUGAGUCACCAGGAACUGGAAAGUGGGAGAUGCAAGGUGAUGAAAACUUGCAUCAACUCAUCUGUGUGUUGAAUUGGCUUAUGUGGUUAACUUACACCCAGCUUUUCAGAUAGAAAAUUUUUUCUUUAAGAGUUUCCACCUCCAAGUCAAAUGCAACCUAAGCAUUUUACCUUUUAUGUUUUUUUGCAAAUGCAAAAACAUAAAUACGAAAAUAAAGACCGGAAAAGUAAAUCCUCACAAAAUUUAAGCACGCAAAAUUAAAUACUCAUAGAAAAUUCAAAUCACAUGAAAAAAUAUUUAAAAAAUAUUGAAAAUUAUACCAACAUCAUAUACAGGAUAUGUAUCCACAAUAUAACUUGUUAACUGGUUACCUUAUUAUAGAAAAUUAACGCUCCUUGAAAUUAAGGUAUUGAAAAUUAACGCGACUUAAAUUAACGCGAAUUUAAUGGAAAACGACUUUCGAAUAAAGAAAAUUAACGCGAAAGAGGAGGCAGAAUUUCAUAAAAAGGAAAUUAAUAAGCUUGUAGUUAAUGUUUUUUAGGUGUCAAAAAUGUCUGGACAGGUUCCAAAAUUGGGGUUAAAAUACUGGAAAUUAAGAGCGCGGAAAUUAACGCUGCACUUAAUUAACGUCGCGGAAAUUAACGUUCAACAUAAUUAACGCGACUUAAAUUAACGCGAAUUUUAACGAUUCGCGUUAAUUUCAUGGAGCGUUAAUUUCCUAUAAUAAGGUAUACUAGUAAGCUCCAUUUUGUAUCUUCAGUAAGUGAAAUAAGGUUAAUUUGUUAAGCUUUCACACAUAAUUGCUUUUCCAGUUUAACUAGAGAUUUGAAACCUUUCAGACUUUUUAAAAAAAUAUAUGAAGUUGAGAAUGUUUAAAUCGCGAAAAUAAAACCCCGAGAAAUACUCUCUCACCAAAAUCGCGAAAUUAAGAACAAAUAAGGUGGGUCAAAUUCACCAUUUCUUUUAUGAGCAAAAUUAACCAGAGCCAAGUUGGGUACCAGCCCUGGGGGUACCAGAGGUUUUUUCUUGCAUGCAGCAGGAUGCUUUGGUGUCGGCUGCAGGAUGACAGAUCUUUGGCUGAAGGUCUAAGCCGAAAGUGGCAAAGCACGGGUCACAAUGAAGUCUUGACCCAGUCUGGACUUAACUGAAACCGGAAGACGCGCAUGAAAAGUCUCUGGUAACCUGGCUAGUUUUUCAAAGGACAACUGACGGAACUCUAGAGUUGUUCUCUUGACCACUUACCUGUUUUCUUUGAAAUUAUCCCCAAUUUCAAGUAAUUUGGGCUUUGAAAAACUCAUCCCUGGUUCUUAGUUGUGAGUUACAGUAUUAUUCCCUUCUUUAUCAUCACGCUCCUAUCACUGUAGAGAAUUUAUUGAAUGUGUCAAGAUCAUCAGAGACUCCACACCCAAUCAGUACAUGGUUCUUGUCAACUUUAGAAAUCAGGUAGGCGGCUUUCAUCGAGGCUUUAAGCACACAGCUUAAUUCCUCCUUGCAUUAAUGUUAAAAAAGGUAUUCUGUUUCAUCGCGAAGUCGUACUCAUGACACGUUUUUAUAGCUAAGAGGGUUUGGGUGAGGGCAAACUUGGUAAAAUGGAGUUGCUCAAUUUAACUGGGUACUUCUCAGGGCUUCAAAACGUUUGUAAGAUAGCUAUAUAUCCAACUAGUGGCAGAUAUAUUAGGUUAGAGUGGAUUCUUAGAGAAAUGGGUCCAGUACUGUGAACAAAUUCAAAAAGUCAGAAAAUGUUCCAAAUUUCAUUUUGUAGAAUACUGGAAAAUAAAUGCUACCAUGCGGAAUUCUUGCCGAACCGAUUUCAAUUGAUAGGCGAUGCACACCAGAGAAUUUCAUCAAGACUUAAACAGCUGAUGUUUCGCGAAGCUACAAACGUUUCCCCACAAAGUGAGGUAAUUUCGCGAAGAAACGUUUGAUGGCGUCGCGAAAUGUCGGCUGUUUUCUAAGGCUACACCUUUAUUGGUUAACAUAACGUGUGUUUCGUUGUAGGAGCUGGCUGAUGAGUUCUACAAUACCUUUAAUGGUCAGCCUUACAAUCUUAUAGAGGAUGAGGUAAAAAAACGUCAUGGCCUGAGCUCCAAAGGAAGAGGUGGAGGUGGUGGAGGGGAGAAACAAUAGAAAUGUGAUGGUUGUGGUGGUGGUGGUGGUGGUGUUUCCCGCCAGAAUAAUGCGAUAAUUUUGACAUGAUCUCGAAAGACCUUUAUAGCACUUCCUAGGAACGAGAACGAAAGAAAAAUGACAUUAUAAUUCAUAGAAAACCCAUCGAAUCUAUACACAAAGUAACCCUGAUGUAACUGUAACGUACACCUUCUCAUAUUUUAGAUGAGAUGAGAAAAUCCAGUUUUUGCAUGGUACCUUGCUUGAGAAUAUUUAGGGGAGUGGAUUAUUCUAGUAUUUAACAGUCAUAACACCACUUUUUGGAAGCCGACUCUGCUAGCAAACCCCUUUCUCUUUUCGUGAAGAUCAACGGAAACCACAUGACCAAUCUGUCAAAUCAGUGAUAUAUUACCCGCAGAUUAUAAGGUUGUAACAACCAUGACGUGAAACGCUACUUAAGGGUUACGGCUUUGCGUAGCCUGCGAAAGCAGCCGUUUCUCCUCGUUCAUCGCCGCUGGGGACGAAACAUCGUCAGCGGCGGUGAGCGAGGAGAAACGACUGUUUUCGCAGGUUAGGCUUUGCGUAGCGCCUUAUAGGAAUAGUAACAAAUCCCAUUUAAGGUGGAUUUCUACUUGGCGUAAUUUUUUUGUCUCGUGUUGUUCAACUUUUACGUUACGCGCAACCUUUCAUUUGUUGCCUUUACUUUACUUACGCGCGUAAAAUUUACUUGCGUACGCACAUAAAAGUUACCCUACAGUGGAAAUCUAUCCUUAUACCGUACACUUUCUUUUUUCUCUCUGUUAGGUUUGCCAUUUAGUCUAUGUAGCCAAGGUAGAGACCAUGAAGCUGUCAGAGGUAUGAAUGAGGUUUGUAAUGCACCAAUCAAACCACGGUGCUAUAAAUAGUCCCGCAUAGAAAAUCGACCAUCAUACAUGACGAAGUCGAAACCGUGAUCGAUAACUAAGUGACCUCUUUCGUGAAACAAGUUAACGAUGAACAAACCCUAUCACACACAAACCAGGAUGAGCGAGCAUAUUUCAUUAUAUUUUUAAAAUUUAUUUUACAAGUCUAUUUAGGAACACUGCAGGCGACACAGAGGUUUCGGUAAAGAAUGCAUGUUUCAAAGGAGACAAUGAUGUAUCUUUUCAUGUGUCAUUUAAAAGGAUUAAAACAAUUGAGCUGGUAUAGUUCUUGAAGGCACUUGCUGGUAUAUCGUAAGGAAAAUUCGAUCUGAAAGUUCAUUGAUUUAACGUUUUAAUUCCUCUGCUGGAUUAGAACUGAUGUACCGACAGGCGAAAUUGAAAAACGUGAAGAUAAAAAAAGAAUCAUAUGUUUAUUUUUAUACCCUUUCUUUUAGCAAAAUAAUGCUAAUUUUCAUUCCCAUCUAAGCAUAUCGCCAUACAGACAUAAUGAAUAAUUAAAAUAUAAUGCAUAGUAUCUUCGUGAUAGAGACUGUGUCUGACAGUCAUUGUGGAAAAUAGAUGACAACUAGGUCUAUUCUCUUCAAAUCUUUCGACUACAUAUGCCUCUUGAUGUUUAACUGAACCACAUCAAAGUUUUAAGUUUGCCUCCGGUUCUUCACAUCAGCUCGACUUGAUAAAAAUACCGCAAAUAUCACUUUAUUUGUUUCUAAAGGGAGCCAGUCUUCCAUGUGUCGGUCUAACAGAGCUGCCAAAGUGCCCGGUGUGUUUAGAGCGUAUGGUAAGUCUAUUUGAUUAUUCCGAUAUUAAAAGGUUCUAUACACUAAGAACGAUCUUCAAGGCCUCUCCCAAAGAUUUGAAAUUUACUCCACCUGGCUUUUGCGUUUUCGUCUCGUUUAACGCUUUGUGAUGAGCGUGCAUAAACGAAAACGUAGACAUCGGACAUUCUGUCUUGAUUACACAGAACUAUAUUUAAAUAUAUUUCGUAGUCAUAUUUGUUUGUUUGUUUUUUUUUAAUUUAUACAAUCUUUAGAGCUGUUGUAAAAUAUAACGCAAAAUACAGACUAGUGGGGGGCCUAUUUGUAGACAUCAGCGGGGAAUAGUUAAAAGAUGUUCAUUUCUUAAGAAAAAAAAUACUAGGUGGCAGCACCUGUGCGUUGUUUUUAAUUUGCAUCUAGUGAAUUCAUUUUUGCUGUUCUUGUGUCAGAAUCAAAAUGUCACUUUUCUCUUUUGUGAUUAUCACCUCAGACGGUAUUGGUAUAGUAAUGACAAUGUCAUUUUUUCCGUUAUAUUUCCAGGAUGAAUCUGUUGAAGGAGUUUUAACCAUUCUCUGUAAUCACUCGUUUCACGGAAGCUGUUUAUCAAAAUGGUCCGAUACGACGUGAGUAUUGUGAAGCUGCUUACUCAUUGCAUAUAGGAAAGGUUAUGGCAGACAGUCAAGGGGUACAUUUCAGCGGCGGGGAGGUACUGACAUGUGCGUGGUAUGUACCGCUGUAAAUAGUAGUGUGGGUGUAAAGCAGUUAAAUUUGAAAUUGGGUAUGCACAUCAGAUAGUUUUAUAACCUGAAAAUAGGCUCUCUAGUAAGGGCGAACAGUAGCAAGCAGAGGCGCCAGGAAACCAUGAAAGGGUUGCAAAGGGUUCAUUUAGAACUAACUAAGUGCUGUUUGUUAAUCGAUACCUUCUUCUUGUCUUGUUCAGUUGCCCAGUUUGCAGAUAUUGUCAAACUCCACAGCCUGUGGACGGGAACAAGUGCUUUGAGUGCGACUCUAAUGAGGUAUAAGGCCGUCUACCAAUUUUCAUAUGUCAUAUGUCGAACACGAGACAGCGUGUUUCAUCACAUAUCAAACACCGAGAAGACAGCUGAUAAAACUAUUCUUUGGAAAGUAUUUUUGACGAUUGUCGAUAUGUUGCGAUGAAACACUGUUUUGAGAGUUAGAUCUAACUUCCGGCUCAUACUCGGUAUAAAAACCUUUGAAACUCACGAGUGACGUAAAACAAUUAAUACAAAGAAGCCACUGAGAAGUCAACAAAACAGAGCUAAGGAAAAUGAUAGCUAGAAAACAAAGAAAAACUUCACAAGUUUUUACGCCGAGGAUGAUGACCCUAACUUCCGACACUAAGUGGCUUUGAAGGAUAGUUAAAGGAUGUUAGAAUGAAGACUGUCUUAUCAACUAUCCAGGGCGUUACGAUGCGCGAUGUCCUAUAACUUUGGCUUCUUAAUUAUUCUAUUAUUGAGUUUUAGGAAUGUAUCUUAAAGUUUUACCAGCAAAGACUUCUUCUAAGUCUUCUUUGACCUUCUUAAAAAUAACAAGACUAAACUAAUCGCCUUAAAAGUACAUAAACGUACAAAAAAGUAAACAUAACAUUCAAACAAAGAAACAAGGCAAAAACAACUAAAAGAUGUAUUUACGGAUGGUAGUUUGUUUUAAAUAUCAGCGACUGAAGUACCCUGCUAGCAGAGUCGCUUCGAUCUUUCCUAGAUAAGUCGGCAAAGAGGAUCUAGGAAAGAUCGAAGCGACUCUGCUAGCAGGGUACGACUAAAGCACGUCUUCGUAGCAUUUGCCUUUAGUUAAUUAAUUUUACCUUUUACUUUCUGUUCGUCUUCGUAGAGCCUGUGGAUAUGUCUCAUAUGUGGCCACAUAGGAUGUAGUAGAUAUCUAAGGUCGCAUGCGAAGAGGUUAGUGAGAACAGUCAUGACUCUUCAGUUAACUACAGCAGUCGCUCUCUAAGCAAAUUCAUGUAGCCGGCGAUGAGCGCGUGAAAGUCCAAUUGACCAAUCAGAACUCGAAGGCGGAAGCAAAUUCAUGUAGCCGGCAAUGAGCACGGGAAAGUCCAAAUGACCAAUCAGAACUCGAAGUAAAUUCGUGCACCCUGCACUAAACGCAUGCUAGCAAGGAACGAUUGGUUCUGAUUUAGCUUCUGAUUGGUUAAGAAGUUGCUGCAUGAAGUUUUGGCCAAUCACAAGAGUGGCAUUGCAAACCAAAGCUAUUUACAUGGGCAAACCGGUCGGUUGACGGUUUGGGCAAAUGGUAAGAAAGAUUCAGGACUGGUAAAUUUCAUUCUGAAAUCGUGUUUACCAUUUGCACAAAUCUGUUCCUUUUACUGAAAAACGCCCGCGAAAGUCUGAAACUGGUAUCAAAGAUGGGCUUUAACAAAUGGAACACUAAUUUCCGUUUGGAACAUCCCGUCCGAAAUAAUAGGAUUACCUUUCCAAAUGUUUCCCUGCUCCCGGAAAUUUUCCACUGGAACGACUCGAAAAUCCGUGCUCCAUUUACUCCAUGGAUUUACUUUUCAACCGGAUUUCCCAGAGACUUUUGGUAAAUGGUAAACAACCAAGCUGAAAAGAAUUAGGGAACUGUCCUUUAAACAUGAUCGUCAAAAAUUGUCAUGAUUGUCAACUAAAGCUCGAUCGUAGUGUUGAUUGACCUCACUUUGGUUCUCUCUAAGAUAUAGUCGAGUUUAUUUGUUUGCUUUGUAAUCACAGACAUUUCCAAGAGACUCAACACACGUAUUCUUUAGAGCUUGGGACCCAACGAGUAUGGGACUAUACCGGAGGUACUGUAUAUUAUGCCUCUAUAUUCCUAUUACUUUGGCUUACCAUGACGAUAUGAAUUCGUAUGAUGUAAAGUGUAGCAUUCUCAUAAUCACAGUGACUUUUUAGCCGCCGUUCUGACUCUUCUCACGCUACAUCAUGCUCUUCGUCGAUAUAUCAGGUAACGCCUUCAGAAUCCCUCAAUUUGUAUUCUUGAAUGAGUUUCAUUUAUUAAUUUUGUUUUUGUUUGCAAGGCUAGACUUUUGAAAGAAUAAAAAGCAAUAAUUUCUUGAAAAAGCAUUCUUUUACUGCUUUUAAUUAAAAAGUGGCUAAAGCGUGUACUUCUUCUUCAGACAACUUUGUACAUCGUCUGAUUCAGAAUAAGACUGACGGGAAACUGGUAGAAUAUGGGUCAGGACAACAGGUGAGGAGAGCACUAAGUAGAAAAUAUGUUUAUCAUAAAAGCGAUAAGGUUGAAUUUGACAUAUACCUAAUUCAAUAAAGGUUGCUUUAACCAUUGGUCAUUGGCAAUUGGGUAUUGGGGGAGGUUUUUUUUAUCUGCGUCCCCCUCCCCUCCAAAGAUGACUUGAUUACGGACCCUUAAAUUUUUGUCGGCACCCUUUGAAAAAUGAAAUCCGAAGGGAUCCCUCUUUGUCGGCACCUUUGAAAUAUUUGUCGAAAGGGUCUAAAUUUUGUCGGCUUCUUUAAAGAAAAAAUCCGAACCCCCCUUUUAAAAACCUGCCAUCCUCAGUGGGGAGCGGAUUAAAAAAUGGAACGUCCCUGGGUGUUAAGGCAUACGGAACUCACUGCAAUGAUUUGCUGGGCUGACCACCAAACAAGAGUUUCCCAGCGCGCUAUUGCCUUUUCAUUGAAUCGGGGAUUUGCUGGAACACAUUAAGGUGGGGUUUGCAUUACAUGUGUUGACAAGAUUUAACAAAAGCGUACUCUCUUACUUGCAACUUUUGCAGGUUUACCUACUUCUUUUCUACCUAAGAAAUUGCGAUCUCCAUUAUACACACUAAAAAACAUCAAAUUUUAGAUCCAGCCUGCGCUUCAUGAAUAAUCGUAGGCAGUCCGAAAGCUCUAAAUUACCAAAUUCAAGGUGCCCUUCACAGGCCUGGAAAUUAUUAAGAGCAUUCAUUGGUGUAGAUGGGAGAAACACACGAAUUUAGGACAGUGUAAGCAUUUUCACUGAUUCUCUCAGCUUGUUCCCCAGAUAACAGAAUUAAAAUUUGUCAGCGGAAAGGUCCUUUGGGGAACAUUUUCAAAAGAUUAAUAGAAAGAGUAUAGUAAGCGGCUGAAAGCCUGUACAAACAUAUUGGUAUACUUAAAGCUGCUCAUAAAUCGUGGUAUCCGAUUCGGCAAUGGCGCAAAAGAGGAAACCAGACACACAGUUUUAAACAAGAGGGGAUGGCCAGACUAUCGUUAUCCCUGGUGCGGGACAACAACAGCAACAACAAAGUCCUUAACCAUUUUGAUGAUUCGUCCUCAUGUUUCUCACUUUUGUUUUUAGUACACGUACCUUUUAACCAGUCAACUAGAAAACCAAAGGCAUUAUUUCCAAGAAAAAAUUACACAGAUAGAAAAAGAUGCCGCUGAACAGGUAAAUAAAGGGUAUAAUGUUUUCCCUAUUUUGUAUCCAAAACUCGGCUUCUUUGUUAUACGUAGUCAUCUUCCUCUUAACGCACACCUCUUUAAGGCAGAUACUGAGUUCCAUACGAAAACAGACACAGAGUUAGUAACACGGCGCACUGCUGCCAAAACUGGCGACUUGUCGUCAAAAUUUUGUUUUACUUGCUACGGCGACCAAAGAAAAUGGUCGCAUCUUGGUUUCAAUUGAAGCGCUGACGCUAGAAACCCGAAGUAUAUUUUGCGGUAUGCAACGGGUUUUAUUUCUCGAAGAGAUUGCGGCGCUUCUUGCUGUCUUCACAUUUUCCCGCCGAAGAAAGAGACGGGAAAAUCUGCUGCUCUUUCACCAAAUGUUAAUAUGUUAUUUUUAAUGGAAAGUAAAGGAAACUCCGCUUUAGCAACAGACCCACGUUCUGAUGAAUUGAAAAAUUGUCGUAGCAAUCGGAAAAAAAGGUCGCUGUCUUUAUCAAAUCCUUGUGGCCCGAUGGAGCAGUUAAAUAUAUCAACAAACAUUGCAUAUUCGCCUUACAGUCUUUGUUUUUCCCUUACUUGAGUUUUUAUAUUUGGAAACGUUUUUAAGGUGGGUUCAAUGGAAGAGCGGACGAAGAAAACGCUGGAAGAAUGUAAAAAACUGGAAUUGAAACUUUCCGAGGCUGAAAAGGAAAGGAAAAACGUGGAAAAGAAAUAUGCGCAGGUAUUAACUGACCUCCUAACAAUGCAUUUGCUUUGAAAACUAUGCAAACAUUCCCAAAUUGUAGUUUGCAAACUUUCAGUUAACAAUCAGCAACGCUGCUGGUGUUCACGAUGAAGGUGAUGUUACCAUGGUUACACAGGGCGAUUCACAACAACGAGUCUUAGCUCAACGCUGUUGCUUUUAACAUGGAUGCGCGGACGAUUUUCAGCACAAUUUUUGCGUUGCAAGUUUUUGCAUAGGCUUCAGGAAUGUUCAACACCAAAUAGCGAAUUUCGUUCAGAUUUUUUCGUGUAACAUACGUGUCGUCAAUUUUCCGCCGAACGCCUUGUAAGAACCCUUUUUGCCUUCCUUUGUUGUGCUAAAAAUCGUCCCGGGUAACACGUCUGUUUUCAACGGAUCUCGCGUGCACAUUGUGUUGCGCUAAAAAUUUUAGUUGUAAAUCUUCCCGUGCUUUAUUUCCUAAACUUGCAACGCCAACUUACAACUCUGUGUUGAGCUAAAAAUCUUCGUUGGGAAGAAGACUUCAGUUUGCUAAACUAGUUACUGAAAAAGAAUCUAUCAGCUCUGAUAGUUGUCACUGAGGUUCGCCACUCGGCGUCAACUAUCUUCCGAUAGAAAUCUUGAGUUCGCCAUUUAUUGUUAGACUGGGAAUAUUGGGCUAUGUACAGACUUAAUGAAAAUCAAUAUAAGUACUUUAGAUUGGUGGAUAUUCUGUAAUUUUUGCAGGCUGUAAACAGGGUUGGGAAACUAGUCACUGAUCUCAAAGAUGAACAAGAGGUUUGUACACCGACUAAUUUUUGGACCUUUAAAUUGAUACUAUGUAACAUGUUAACAGUAUGUCCUAAUUUGGCCGGGGGUAUUUACCUUCGUAGUGCCCUCCCCUUUCAAAAUAGACGGCUUUCAAUCUCUUUUCGGAUUUAGGGGCGGGCCAAGGGACCGCGUCCCCCCUUUUUUGUGAUUUUCUAUAACUUUUUUGAAUUCUCAGUAAAAUAAAACGUAUCUAUAUAGCUAGCAAGUGUCAAGGCCAUCCCUUCCUGAAUUUUCUGCAUCCGCCCCUGGUCUUUAAAACAAUCGAAAUACUCGAUGUGAAUAAGUAAUUCUAUAUUCUCUUUUUUCAGCUAAACAGGUGUUUGCGAGACAAUCAGAAGUUAUUCCAAGAGAAGUUGUCACAAACCGAAGAAAAGUUACAAUUAGUAGAAGCUGCGAAGAAACAGGUACUCCUUGAAAUCAUGUAGCUGAUCGAAAACUUUCGAAUCGGCCAGACGCUAAUCGUUUUUCUUUAAUUUUUCGAUAGGAAGUCGCUGAUCUCCAGGAGCAACUGGCAGAUCUCAUGCGCCAUCUGGAGACACAGCAAGCGAUAGCCAGCGCCUCGGAAGAAACAAGACAGGUAUUUUAAUAAGAACCUUGGUUUUAGCCUGCGAAAGUAGUCGUCUCUUCUCGCUCCUCGUCGUGUGGGACGUAGACGGCUGUUUUCGCGGGCUACCUCGGUUUGGUCUCACGCUACUUUCAAUACGACUUGCUUGCGUGUACGUAAGGGCAUAAUUCUUAGAAAACGUUGAAUUGACCAAAUAAGUGUUACCGAGAAUUACGGACAAAAUCACACAAGGUAAAUUUAAUUGAUACUUAAAACACAUUUCCACACCACUUGAGGUGGUUUUCACGUUACGCCAUCGCCGCCAUGCUGGUGGACGGUAAACAAAAGAUCGCUCAUUAGCUCGCUUUGUUUCUCCACCUGCAUUUGUUUAUUUCACCAUUGUUAUUUGUGUCUCCCGAGACUGUAUGAAAACCACCAAUAGGAAGAAUAGGGACAACAAACGAGAAUUUAUAUUUUGAUAUUAGGUAUUAGGGUUAAAAGUUUCACUUAAGUUGUCUUCUUCUCUUACAGGAGUUGCAAGAAGGUCAAGUAUUUGUGGGUGAAGGAUCAGGUGGUACACACCACACAAAGAAAACAAGGCGAAAGAAACAGUAG